AUCGUACCUUUAGAUAUUAACGAAUGUUCACGUGGUUUUCAUCUAUGCGACCCGGACGCUGAGUGUAAGAACCUCGAAGGAAGUUAUACUUGUGAGUGCCCUCAGGAUAAGGAUAAGGAGCUUUAUGACGGGCAACCCGAGGUGGAUGGACGUCACCUUGUCCGCAAUGUCUCAUGCAUUUGGAAGGGAGAGACAUGCGCCUUUGAUGAACUUGCUCCCGUUCUUCAAAAGCACUGGAUCACAGUGGAUCAGAAGUCGCAUUACAGGUAUUUUGAGAGAAACUCGAGUACUCUCACUUUGUUGGACAGCUUCAGCAGGCCAAAAUGGCCAAAA